AAGCGCUUCCCGGUGCGUGCUGCGCGAGGAGACCGGCCCUUUAAACCCUAAAACCUCUUCCAUCGCCUCCUCUAAUCUCCGUCAAACCCUAAUCCGGUGCCGCCGAGCGAAAUCCUGUCCUCAAUUCGGGUCAUGAUUCCUCUCCCAAGGUGACUAAGUAGCUAUGAUGGCUGAGAUCUCGCAUGAGAGGGCUUCGACAAAUUUGCCAGAUCAAGACAAUCGGGGCAUGCCAGGUCCUGUCUUCUGUCACAAUGGCAACACUUUGCGAUCUCUUUUACAGGUUGGAGGAGAUAUUCUGCGUUUGUGGGAUAUGCAUCCUGAGACGUCCACCGUACGUGCCAUCAUACGUGGUAAAAUUUUAAAAUAUUUAAACAAGAAACCAUACUGUUAUGGAUGGGUGGAGAACAGAGAAAAACUUGCCCAAGUUUUGGACGAAAAACUUUUUGCAAGAGCUGAUUCGCAGUUGCAUUAUAUGAAUCUGAGUACACUGGAAAGCAGACUGGAUGAUUUGCUUAGGGAUGAAAGAAAAGAUGCAGCUUGCCAUGUUUCUUCAUCAUCAAUAGGCUCAACGACAUGGAGCUCAGAAAUGCCACAAAAUAUAGAAGCAUCUUCUCCAGCUCCUUUCCAUAACACAGGAUAUCAACCUAAUGAACACCAUCGCAUAGUUGCCAGCGUGUCUCUUGGUUCUGAUGGGAAUGCUAUACCUUGGCCAGAAGGUAUACCAGGACCUCACAUUUCCAAACCAGUGUACGCAUCAUCUAGACAUGGUACCGGGCAUAGUGAUUCCAAUGAUGAUGUUGGGAUGUCACCAAAGCAGUAUACUGGAUGCCACAACAACCUUGUGUUAAAUAGCCUUGGUGAUAAAGCGAGGCCUAGCAUGUCUGAGAUUCCUUCUUACAGAAUUGCUAAUGGAGUUCUCAAUGCUGGGCUAGUUCAUCCCAGAAAUGUUGUUGAAGCAAAUGAUGAAGCAGCAGCAUCUGAAGGAUGCAUGGAGUCCCGUUUCUAUGGGGAUAUGCAUUGGAUGCCUGAUAGCAAAUCAUCUCCUUCUGGAAUGUCAGAUAUACCUCUAUCAUCUUUUGGUUUGAGUGGGAAUUAUGGAAUAAUGAGCCCAUCAUGUUUGGAAUAUAAGUUGGCAAUAAACUCUGGAGGUCUGCAUUCUUAUUCAGAUCUGCAACAGUUGCUACCGGUAUCUCAAAAAAGCCUUGUUGAAUCACUUCAUAUGGGCACUAAGUCACAUUCUUCAGAACAGGAAAAUAUUCUUCAGAAUAAGCAACUACACAAGGAAUCCCAACAGUCCUGUCAAUGGUCUCAUCUGCCACAAAAGCUGUUUGAUCAGCUUCAGCUUGUUCAAAAUGAUCAGUAUUUUCAGCAGCAACAAGUGUUGACAGAUAACGGGACUUCAGGUAUCCUGCAGUCAGAAAGCUUUCUAAAUGGGCCAGUUCAGACGAACAGUUACAGUUUAGCAGGAGAGGUGCCACUGCAACGUCCGAGAGAACAGGAUGUAACUGUGCAAAAACAAACUCCAUAUUCUUUUGAGAAACCUACAAGAUUUCAGCUUUCUUGUUCUAAUGGGGUUGCAGCUGACUGUCAAUCUGAAUUUCCACAAGGGGAUAGGGAGUACCAGAAGAUACACAGGAUUCUAUUUUUAUACGACCAUGUCAUGACUUGUUUGAGUGAAGAGAAAUGUAAAUCAACUCCUUGCAUGCUUAUGAAACUGAAAGUUCAGCACAUUUUCCAUUGUAAGGACAUUCACUGUACAAAACAGUGUGUUAAAUAUAAGAAGUUGUUUGAUCAUUACAGAGAGUGCCACGAAAGUUUAUGUGGUAUUUGUGCUCCUGUUAGAAUGAGAUUGAAAAAUGUUUCACAGGGCACUAUUGCUGUUACAAAGACUGCUUUUCCCACUGUUGAUACGGUAGAGUGUAAACAACCUCCAUUGAAACGUAUCAAGUCAGAUCAGUCUUCUCUCUCUUAUUCUGUGCAAAGUGAAACUUGUUGGUUAUUAUCACCAGGCAUGGGUUGCACCCAUCAAUCUCCCCAGGAGGUGCUCCAAGCAUGCCAUGAUGUGAGCAUGUCUGUUAAUAGUAUCAAAACAUAUACUGAGAGUAGAAAGUCAAUAUCAGAGGCAUCUGCAACUUCCUCUUUGGAGAACCAGGCGAACUCAUGUGAGACUAAGUUUGAGGAUCCAAAGGUGGCCACUAAGGUACAUUCUGGUGUUGAGCCUGUUAGUGCAGGACAGAUUGUUUCUCAUUGUGAACAAGAUCACGCAGAGGUUCAGAUUGAGGCUGCUAAGGUUGAGCUGGAGGCAGAGAGUAAGGUUACUGCAUCAUCAGUUCUCGAUGCGAUAGGAACAAAGCUGGGAAAGCCAAAGCCAAGAGGUGUUUCACUACUUGAUACAUUCACUCCUGAAACAAUUAGGGAGCACAUCAGGAGUCUUGAGCAAUGCAUUGGUCAGAGCAAACCAGAGGCAGAAAAGGUUGAAGGGGUGGAACUCUCGGUGGAUCAGAAUUCGUGCAGCUUGUGUGGGAUGGACAAACUUCUUUUUGAACCACCUCCUAGAUAUUGUGCAUCUUGUUCUAAGCAAAUUAAUCCUAAGGGAGUGUAUUACUCUACAAGAAAUGUCAACAUGACAAUUGGAAGUGAUGCGAGGAUCUCUUUUUGUAGUAAAUGCUACAAUUGUUCUGGUGACAAUGUCAAGAUUGGUGGAGAAGAUAUUCCAAAGUUGAAUUUGGAGAGGAAAUGGAAUUAUGCUGAAACAGAUGCUGAAACUGAAUGGUGGGUCCAAUGUGAUAAGUGCCUAGCUUGGCAGCAUCAAAUCUGUGCUCUUUUCAAUGGCAAAAGGAAGGAGGCACUGCAAGCUGAGUACACUUGCCCAAAUUGCUUGUUACAACAACUAGAACGCGGUGAACAAGAGCCCUUAGCACCAAGUAUGGUUCCUGGGGUAAAGGACUUGCCGACAACCAUGAUGAGUGACCAUAUAGAGCAAUGGCUUUUCAGGCGCCUCAAAGAAGAGCGGCAAGAAAGGGCAAAUAAUUUGGGAAAGAAUUUUUAUGAGGUACCAGGAGCCGAGGGUCUCACUGUUAGAGUGGUGUCAUCAGUUGACAAGAUAUUGGAAGUGAAACAACAUUUUCAUGAGGUUUUUAAAGAAGAAAAAUACCCUGCUGAAUUUCCUUACAAAUCAAAGGCUAUUCUACUGUUUCAGAAGAUUGAAGGUGCAGAUGUUUGUCUUUUUGGCAUGUAUGUUCAAGAAUAUGGAUCUGACUGUGCACGCCCAAACCAAAGGCGUGUGUGCCUUUCAUAUAUAGAUUCUGUCAAAUAUUUCAGGCCUGAAAUAAAAUCUGUGACUGGGGAGGCAUUACGGACCUUUGUUUAUCAUGAAAUUCUGAUAGGGUACCUUGAUUACUGCAAGAAACGGGGGUUUACUAGCUGCUAUAUAUGGGCCUGUCCAUCUCUGAAGCGGGAUGAUUAUAUUCUGUACUGUCAUCCUACUACACAGAAGAUGCCAAAAUCUGAUAAACUUCGAGAAUGGUACCAGGCAAUGAUAAAGAAGGCUACAAAGCAGAAAGUUGUUGCGGAGCACUCCAAUUUAUAUGAUCAUUUUUUUGUACCUACCAGUGAAUGUAAGGCCAAAGUUACUGCAGUUCGUUUGCCGUAUUUUGAUAGUGAUUACUGGCCAGGAGAAGCAGAGAUACUUCUGCAGAAAGGAGAUGAUAGUGUUUCACAGAAGAAGGGGACAAAAGCAGCAAUUGAAAGGGCGCUAAGGGCUGCCAGACGUGAUUCUCCAAUUGGAAACCCUAAGGAUAUUCUUCUAAUGCACCAACUUGGAGAAAUCAUCCGCCCCAUGAAGGAAGACUUCAUAAUGGUCCAUUUGCAGCAUAAGUGCAAGUAUUGCUGUCGGCCUAUUGUGUCUGGAAAACAGUGGGUUUGCACUGUUUGCAAAAACUUUCAACUUUGUGAAGAGUGCCAUUACGAAGAGCAGAAUCUUGAAAAAAAGGAUAGGCAUCCUGUUACUGCAAGAGAAAAACACUCGUUUGAAUUAGUUGAGGUGGAAAAGGCUCGUGCAGAUACAGACGAUAAAGAUGCAAUAAUACAGAGUGAAUUUUUCGACUGUAGAACUGUAUUUUUGAGUCUCUGUCAAGGCAACCAAUACCAAUUUGAUACCCUCCGUCGGGCAAAACAUUCAACAAUGAUGAUCCUUUAUCACCUGCAUACUCCGACUGCACCUGCUCUUGCAUCCUCAUGCACCAUCUGUCAUUGUGAUGUAGAUACAGCUCGGAGCUGGCAUUGCAUGAUCUGCCCCGAUUAUGAUUUAUGUGAUUCCUGCUAUCAGAGGGAAGGAACUGCCUGCCAUGAUCAUAAACUGAUAAGUCAUGCCACGAAGGCUGACAGUGGCAUGCUCCAGAAGAAAGGGGCUCAGCAAAAGGUAGCUGUGCAGAAUAUGCUUGAUGCUUUGGUGCAUGCCUCGACUUGCCGUGAGCCUCAUUGCUUAUAUCCAUCUUGUUACAAAAUCAAACUGCUCUUCCACCAUGGUAGGGAAUGCAAGACCCGUGCCAGUGGAGGUUGCCUUCCCUGCAAAAAGAUUUGGUAUCUUCUCCUGAAACAUGCACGUGUUUGCAACAAGUCAGAAUGCCGUGUUCCACGUUGCAAGGAUCUGAAGGAUCGCGCGGGGAAGAAACAGCAGCAUUCUGAUUAUCAUCGGAUAGCUGGAGCAGAGCAGAGAAUCAGGCAGAAAGAUGGAGAGGCUUCUGAGAGCAGUGAUUGACAAAGCUCGCUGUUUGAAGUUUUUAUUAGCAAGCAUCAAGUGCAGAUUCCAGAUUAUCAUUUGACUUGAAAUACCUGGAGUGGCAGUUUCAGCCCAGUUGUGUUUUCCAGGUGGACAGGCACUAGUGACUAGGUCCUACUGGAUGGCUGGAGUCAUGGAGAGUGAAGCAGCUUGAAAUUGAGGUUAAUUUAACCAAUUGUGUAGCUAUUUUGGUAAAGCAACGAAAUCUUUUUCGUGGACUCAAUCAUAAGCCCUAGAGCACGGGAAUGAAUGUAGAGGAAGAGACGGCAAGGUGUUCUUUCAGCUUUCAAAAUUAUACAGCAAAUUGUACAAAUUAAUUCUUAUAGCAUAUGUGGUUGUAUUGUAGCAUUCUUUUUGUGUAACGAAUAAAUUAAGGAAUAAUUAAUAGUAUUUAAAUAAAAGGAGAAAAAUCGUUUGCUGCAAUCA